AUAAAGAGCUUAUGAAUAAACCGUGAACUGUUCAUGACAUUCUAGUAUCGUAAGAUCGACUUUAUAGUGUGAAAAUAGUAAAAGAGCAAAUAUAUACUAUUUACUAUGAGCUUGUUUCCAAGGAAUGCUAUGACAAAAUACUGGGAAGAACAUUCCCAGGAUGCAACAUUAGAGGAAAUGAUGCUAGAUUCCUCAGCCAGAGAUCUGUGUAAAGAUGAAGAACCAGAAAUACUUUCAUAUUUACCAAACUUGAAGAGUAAAGAUGUAGUGGAACUGGGGGCUGGCAUUGGGAGGUACACAUCAAUAUUUGCUGAGAAGAGUAAAUCAGUUAUAGCUGUUGACUUUAUGCAGAAAUUUCUCAAUAAAAACAUGGAAAACAAUUGUAAAUUUAACAACAUAGAUUACAUGUGUUCUGAUGUCACAAAACUACAACUUCUAGAGCAAAGUACUGAUCUUGUGUUUUCUAACUGGCUUCUGAUGUAUUUGGAAGAUGAAGAGAUACAAGAUCUAUUAAGAAAAUCUCUCACCUGGCUGAGAGAAGAUGGUUAUUUCUUCUGUAGAGAAUCUUGUUUUCAUCAAUCAGGUGACAAACCAAGAGAUCAAAACCCAACAAAUUAUCGUGAUCCAGCUUUAUAUGAAGCCAUCUUUAAUUCAGUCACAAUGCCCUCAGAAGAGGAAGGAAUGGUGUAUGGUCUGGAUUUGGUGUUCAGGAAACCACUUACUAGUUAUGUUAAACAUAAAAAGAACAACAACCAGGUUGUAUGGUUAGUACAGAAAGUUAAACGACAGGAAGAUACACAUGGCUUUGUCACAUUUAGAGAAUUCCUCGAUAAUCAACAAUACUCUAUGAAUGGUGUGUUACGAUAUGAAAGAAUAUUUGGACAUACUUAUAUAAGUACUGGUGGAUAUGAAACAACAAAGGAAUUUGUGUCAAGACUCGAUCUUAAACCUGGACAAAAAGUUUUAGAUGUCGGGUGUGGAAUUGGUGGAAGUGCAUUCUAUAUGGCUAAAGAAUUUGGAGUAAAUGUUGUUGGAAUAGAUCUGUCUUCAAAUAUGAUUAACUUAGCUUUGAAAAGACGAGAGGAGGUUGGAGUUUCUGUCGAGCAAGUGGAAUUUGAAGUUGCAGAUGCUACAAAGAGAGAAUACCCACCUCAUUCUUUUGAUGUUGUCUACAGCAGGGAUACCAUUUUACAUAUCAACGAUAAACAUAGUCUAUUCACAAGACUUUUUAAAGUGCUCAAACCUGGAGGAAUUAUUUUUAUAUCUGACUACUGUUGUAGCGAGGGUGAACACACCGAGGCUUUCAAGGCUUACGUCAAACAGCGAGGAUAUAAUCUCUUAUCACCAAAAUCAUAUGGAAAGGUAUUAGAAGAUGUAGGAUUUACCCAAGUUAAAGCAGACGACAGUACAGAUCUGUUUGUAGAAUCACUGAAGAAAGAACUGGUCAAAUUUGAAACAAUCAAGGAUGAUUUUGUAAAGGAAUUUUCAUUGGAGGAUUAUGAAUACUUGGUACAAGGAUGGAAUGACAAGUUAGUGCGGACAUCACAGGGUGAUCAAAGAUGGGGAGUUAUAUAUGGUGUUAAACCAACAAAAGGAUCUCUAGACAUUUAACAGUGAUUGUGAUCGAAAAUUAAUAUAUACUGUCUUCCAUUGUCAUGAUCGUAAAUCGUUAACGUUGUUAAUUUAAUGUUCAUAUUGAAUUGUCUUUCAUUUAUUAUUUUUUCAUUAUUCAUUGUGUAUUUAAAAAUCAUUUUUUAUUUUUGACAAUUGAUAUUGUGAUAAGAUUCAAUGUAAUUGAAAAAUUGAAUUGUAAUUAUUUUUUUAUUAAUUUUAUUUGUUUUGCUUGUUUGUCAGUUUUUAUUCUGUUAUUGGAAAUUUAUGUUUGUUUUCACAAGAUAUUCAUUCCUAGCCUGACAAUCAAUAAGUGAUAGAUUUGUAAAUUAAUGACUUCUGUGAUAAAAAUUGAAAGUUAUUUCCUUAAAUUGCUAUUUUCCAUUUUGAUUUGAUCAGAUAUUGUUGAAUAAAUGAUGACUCAGCACAUUUGGCUCAAUUAUUUACCAAUAUAUAUUUUUUUUAAACAUCAAAAUUCUUUUGGUUCUUACAAAUUUAUUUUAAAUGGUAAUAUCUCUGUGAUUCAAAGUAUGUUGAAAUUAGGACAUUUUCAGAGUUCAUUUGAUUUGAUCUAAUUCUAGUACAUAUUAGAAGGUACCUUUACAUUUUCAUGGCUAUAUACAAGGGACCCGAAAAAGACAAAGUUGCUGUUAUUUUUUUAUUUCUUUUUUUGUUUGACACUUGAAAUAUUUGUCUGGUUAUUAUUGACAAACUUUCAAUUUGCAAAUUAUUAAUUAGUUCAGAGUUGUGCAAUUUAUAUGUUAUUGAAAUUUUGUGCUGUAAAUAAAAUGAAUCUUGUGUAAUAUGUUGAUGAAAAAUCUCACCUAGUAUAUUGUUGAAAAAAAGAACAGUUUUGGGGUGAUUUUUUUUAAUGAAAACUUAAGCCAUAUACUAUUUUACAAUUGUUUUUAAAAUACAGUCAUGCUUGAAUCAUAAAUUGAUAAAAAAUAUUUCUACGUGAAAUUUUUCUAUUAAGAAUUUUUACUUUGAUUGGUGAAAAGGAAUGGUGUAAGCCACAUCACCAAUAUGUGAUUAUAAGCAAAAAUCAUUGUACUGGGUGCAUUUCCAACUAUAAUUACAGAGCUAGUUACAAAAACAAAAGUAAAAAGCUGUUAUCCAUGCUUUUACCAUUCCAGUAAAGCUUUUAUCAUAUGCUGACAUUUCUCAAAUCAAUAUACUACAAGUAGCGCCACAUGAAAACAGUGCAGGAUCAGCAAUAAUUGGGAUAAAUUUGGUGCUACUGUUUAAAUUAUAAAAGUUAUGUUUUACAUUGGAAUUUCAAUGCAAUAUUUUUUUUGGAUGACAGGUUAUUUAAAAAAAUCAUAUUUGACAAAAGUGAGUAAAUUUUGGUUGUUUUUGUAUGUAUAUAUUUCUGUGAAGACACAGAACCCUAUUCAAAUGCUCAAGGAAAAUAAAACUACACACAGGAAAUAAAUCUAUAUUAGAUUUUUAG